UUAUAUGCAAUUUGCUUUAAGACAUUAUUGUUUAUUGUGAUAAUAUACAUUGCAUUGAAACUAUGAGAUACUAGUGAGUACACUUUAUAUGAAGAGCUAUCGAUUAUGAAAUCCUUGCGCUUAGAAUAGCUAUAGAAGAUGAGAGUGUUAGUAGGAGGCGGGGACCACUCCCUUAUUUAUCUAAGAAUUGGAUUAUGCCUUACUUGGAGUUAGAAUGACUCCUUUAGAGGUGAAUUUCAUAUUUUGUUGAGUGGCUUAGUGGGUUUUGGCGUGCUGUUAUCCCAGGACGCUCAUUAAUAGUCGAAAGUGGAAGUUAUUCCCAUCUGAUAAAGUAUUAGAUUAUGGUUAGUUGGCGUGACUCAACUGGAUUAUGUCCGGUUGAUUUAGUAGUCCCCUAGGUGAGGUUCGACGGGACCACCGUAAGGGGGGUAUGAGCAUGCUUGGGUCACUGGGCGCCAGAUGACCGAUAUCGCCCCUUGACCGAGGUGUUACCAUGCGGGCCUUGCAAACCCCAAUAUGGUGGCCUCUUCACUGGUUUAGUACCCCAGUGUGUUAGUUUUUCCCGAAGGUAGGACCCGAGAGGGUCAGCUGGAAGGGGCAUGAGCUCAUACUUUGCCAUGGUCGCCGGAUGGCCGAUAACGCCUUUGGCCGUGUCAUUAUGCCUGGAAAUAGAGAAAGAUCCACUGAUAGAAAGUUAUUCAGUGAUAGAAAAUUUAUUCAUUGAUCGAAAGUUAUUUAAUGAUAGAAGGUUCAUUCUUUGAUAGAAAGCUUACACAUUAAUAGAAAGUUUACUUUUUGAUAGAAUAUUUACUUAUUGAUAGAUCAUCUACUUAUUGAUAGAAUAGUUUAUGCUAGUAAGAAGUGUGCCUAAAUUAAGUUACCUCAAGGGUAUUAUAGACUAUGAUCACACUUACCUUAAGAUAGACAAGCUCUAUAAGGUCAUGUGUUAGGUAUUCUGUUAAUGCCUUGGUCGAGUUGAUACUUUACGUGAUUUGCAAGAGUUUAUGUUUGAAAAGAGGAGCUUGAAGACCUGCAUUCUACCCAAGAACACAUGGUUCAGGUUGGAAAGCACGUAAUGAAAUUAAGAAGUAUAUGUGGUCGAUAAACGGUUACUAUCUGUGCUUGCGUUUUAUGAAAUCAUCUUAUGUUGUUUUAUAAUAUAAUGUUAUCUAGUAGUUGGCCUUAUUAUAUUUGAUGCUAGUUAUUGACGUGUACGUGUUUGUGUUUAUGUUUGAUUGUUGGUGACAUUCUAUGAUUGUCCUGCUAUGACACAUGGACCUUUGGUCUAAUGUCGAGCAGCAUGAGGAUCAUAGACAGGCGUAGCAGACUAGCCAAUACUAUGAUUUAAAUAUGGGUUUGAAAUAAUUUGUGGCCUAAAUAACCCAUGGGCAGUGGCGGGCCUUUGAGCGAUCAAGUAACCAUCACCUUAAAGCUUAAGCUUUUUGUUGAGUUGGUCUUCUAUCCCGUAUUGGGCUAGUUGUUUACAAAGGGGACAAGAGCAACGAAAGUAAAAGGCAGCAGCUUUGGUGUUGGUCUUUCUACGCACAGACAGGAAGAGUGAAAUAAUGUGAAGCAGAGAGUGAAAUUGGAGAAAAAAGAGAAAAAGGCGAGAGGAGUUCAUGCCUACCUAAUCGAAGACCUAUCAUUUGUAGUCCUCACGGUGUUCUUGCCUACCCAAUCUACAUAUCUAGCGGUUGUCAUCUUGUGCAUUCUAUGAGCUUGUAGAAUUUGAUGGUUGUAAUUCUGUAUGAAAGAAUUGAAGAUGAUUGUUCACGAUGGCAAAAGCUUCUAUAUCCUUGGUGCUCCUCACAUUUCUUCGAAUCAGGUUAAGUCAACAAUGAUUGAUUUCCAAACUCGAGUUUCUUUUGGAGGGAUGUUGCUUGGUCGAAAACCUGCUAUGCUCUUUGUUACUAGUUUUCAGAGGUCUUCCUCUUCCAAUGCUUCUUCCAAUGCCAUUGAGAAAUCUGGAAAAAUUGUCAAGAAACCAAGGAAGAGAGAACAUCACUUGUGGAAACGUAGAGACUCUGCUGGUUCAGGAGAUAAAGCAAUGAAUCUUGUUCGAAUUGUUUCCGGACUUCCUAAUGAGAGAGAGGCAGUUGAUCGUGCAUUAGAUCAAUGGAUCGCAUGGGAGCUGGAAUUUCCUCUGAUUGCAGCAGCUAAAGCUUUGAGAAUCUUAAAAAAGCAGAGGCAGUGGCUACGAGUAGUUCAAGUUGCAAAAUGGAUGUUAAGCAAGGGCCAAGGUACGACCAUGGCUACAUAUGAUACAAUCCUAUUGGCAUUUGAUCAGAUGGGGAGAUUAGACGAAGCUGGAUCUUUGUGGAAUAUGAUUUUACACACCCAUACACGUUCUAUUUCGAAGCGAUUGUUUUCUCGGAUGAUUUCAUUGUAUGAUCAUCACGAUGUACCAGACAAGAUCAUAGAGGUUUUUGCAGAUAUGGAAGAAUUAGGCGUCAAACCAGACGAGGAUACUGUCAAGAGGGUUGCACGAGCAUUUGAGACACUAGAUCAAGACGAUAAAAAGAACUUGGUUGUUCAAAGAUAUGGGUGUAAAUGGAAGUAUGUCCAUUUUAAAGGCGAAAGAGUAAAAGUCAGAAGAUAUCCAUUGGUCGAUUGAAAGCCGAAUCAGCUGAAAGCUUCAAACCUGUGAAUGUUGGAUAUUAGUGUAUGACUGUAAUUGGAGCUAUGAUGUCCAACCUCCUAACUAUCGUGCUGCGAAUUAGAAUACUUGGAUCCAUGGUCGAGAAAGAUUUCACAACACCCAAGUAAGAGGACAAUAUUAAGGACUGCGAGGAUUCACCCUCUCGAUAACACUUGAGCAUCAACAGAAUAAUGUGUUUUUGGUGAUUACGAUGCUUUGGAGUAUUUUUUGAGUUCGGGCUAUGAACAUAUAGGUCUCGCUACGGGCAAUGGAGGUCAGUGACAAGGUUUUUCUAACUUCUUUAACUCUUGCAUUUAUAAUUUACACUGCUUCUUAUUUACCUCAAAAGAAAAGAGUUAGAACUCUUGGUAGUAGCUUUUCUAAUAAUUUUAUCUGUAUUUGUUAAAAGUUUAUAUGUUGAAAUAUUAUUCAUGACUUAUGAAACUAAAUUACAAUGCUUGCUAGA